GGGCGGGCUGAGAGGGCUGCGUACAGUGGCUAUCACGUGAUCCUCCCCCGCCAAUGGCAGGCGGCUCUAGGUUUGACUAUGUUUAAUGUCAGAUGGCAAUAAACUAGAAGCUCCUGGUCAGGCCCGCGGAAAUGGGAGAACAUAAUCUUCUUAAUCCCGGGUUUGUGGGACCUCUGGUGAAUAUCCAUACCGGGGACACCUUCUAUUUCCCCAAUUUCAGGACCCCCGGCGGGCAGUUACCUGGCUUGCCCUCUCUCUCUUAUCCAAGAAGGGAAAAUGUCUGUUCUCUGCCAUGGGCAUCCACAGAGCCGUGCAACGGAUACCCCCAGCCCUAUCUCAGCAGCCCGGUCUCCAUUAACCCUUCCUUCAGCAGGGCUUGUGAUCUGGCCCGAGUGGAAGAGACCAAAUGCUAUUACCGGGAGGGGUGCAACCCCGACACCCCCAGCCUGAAAAGGGAGAAUGUGCUGCUGCCCCUGGAGAGCGGGAUCCAUAGCGCCAUGAACAGCACUUUCCAGAAAUACGACUACACGGCUGUGGACUCUGUUCCCCACGACCCUCCCUCCUGUCAGUCUUUAGAGUCAGACUCCGGCUCGUCUCUGCUCAAUGAGGGGACUAAGAACGCCGUGUCCGAAGCAGCCACAAUGGCUUCUCCCUCUAAUCCGGGCAACAGCCUUCCGGCAAGUGGGGCUCCUUGGUACCCGAUACACACAAGGUCCAGAAAGAAAAGAAAGCCCUAUUCUAAGAUACAACUGGCUGAGCUGGAAGGGGAAUUUAUGGUAAAUGAAUUUAUCACCCGACAACGGAGGAGAGAACUGUCUGACCGGUUGAGCCUCAGUGACCAACAGGUGAAGAUUUGGUUCCAGAAUCGUCGAAUGAAGAAGAAAAGACUUCUAAUGAGAGAGCAAGCACUGUCAUUCUUUUAAACCCUGCGUGGGGUGCGGGAAUAACUGGCCACCGAUAUCUUGAUGAGAACUGUGUAGUGCCUGUUAAAGUCAUAUCAUGGUUUCUUUGUGUCACUCACCAGCUUGUACACUCCAUGACCCAUUUCAGUACUGGAAACAGAAUAAAGUGACGAGAUUCAGAGCCUAGAGAGAGAGGCAAAAUCACGAUGGACAUUUUGUGAUGUUUGGGUACAGAAUUGCAAAAACAUUCCUUUCCAAACAGCUGUUCCUCUCUGCAAGUCCUAGGGUUGCUUGUGCAUAGACUCUGCAUGCUCUUGCGUCAUCUCUGGCUUUGUACUUAUUUCAGAUCCAGUUCUGUUGCCAACUAAACGGGUCAGUGUUGUCCUCAAAAUAAGGUGGCAGUGCAUUUCACCCUAAAUGAACCCUCUGCUUAGUUGUGAGUGGGUGGGCAAUUGUUCAUUCAGUCACAUGCAAUAUUUUUCUUUCCACAAUAGGCUUUUAUUCUCACAAUACUCAAGAUGCAAUAUCUUGUCUCAUUUGUCUGUCUCCGUUGGCAAGAUAUUGGCA